AUGCAGAUCGCCGCGCAGGGUUUCUUCCAAGAGGAAGAAGACUUGCAAGACACGCACUGCAAGUCUGCAAGCAAAUCUCGCUGGUGCCCGCCCCAUCACGGCUGGUCCGCUGCGGCUUCAGACGUCGCGAGAGGCGCUCGUGGAAUAUUUGCGCACUUAGUUCCGAGCUUCUUCCCAUGCACGGAUGCAAACCGAUUUCUGGGAAAAGAUCUCAAGUGCCUUUUCCACUCUCUCCGCACUUGGACUGCUGCAAGGUGCACCUUCCUGGUCCCAGAGAAACUUCCUGCAAUCCUCUUUGGUUUGCAGCAACUUCGAAGAACUUCGGGUGAUUUCAAUACAGGACAACCUAGCGGCCAAAGCGCCUCCCCUGGCUCAUAUCAGAAGCCCCCCGAGAUCCGAACAAAGGGGAGUGGCCCCGUGUGGGUGUAG